AUGUCGGAGACAAAGCAUAACAUACCUAAGGGCAUGAGCUUCCACACCAAGCAGCCAUGGUUUCUGCACAUUGGUGUGAUCCAGCUGCGGGAUUAUCGUGUGGGAACGCUGGUCGAUAGGUUCGAUGAGCAUUUCCGUGGUCUUCAUUUCCACAAAUUGCAGCCAUUCAUUUGUUCGUCUCACAAGCUACACGGCGAAACAGAAAUCCCACUUUCCCUUUUCUUAAUCUCACUGCUUAGAACCUCGCACCGUCUCCUUCCGUCUCCUUCGCUGACCUGCUCACAUUUUUGGGGAUUUGUGUUCCGUGUUUCACUUGUCUCUGUGAUUUUGUUUUGCGUAGCGAUGAAAAUGAUGACGACGCUGGAGGCGAAUGUUGACAGAGUCAACGGACUGAGUUUCCACUCGAGCAAGCCAUGGAUUGCCGCUAGUCUGCACAGUGGCGAGAUCCAGCUUUGGGAUUACCGUACGGGAUUGUUGAUCCGCAAGUUCGACGAGCAUGACGGAGCCGUUGAUGGUGUGGCUUUCCACAAAUCAGAGCCGCUGUUGGUCUCAGGAGGGGAUGAUAAAACGGUUAAGGUGUGGAACUGUGAGAUAUACAAGUCCAAGUCCUUUGUCACUCUUGUUGGGCAUGAAGGCAAGAUCAGUACGGUCCAGUUCCACCAUGAAUACCCGUGGAUCCUGAGCGCAAGUGACGAUAGUACUGUACGCUUAUGGAACUGGGAAUCAGAGGAUUGUGUUUGUGUCUUGACCGGUCACAGCGAUCAAGUCAAAUCGGCCUCUUUUCAUCCUAGGAAAGACCUUGUACUAUCAGCUUCUAUGGACGGCACAGUCCGUAUCUGGGAUAUUGGUGCUCUUAGGAGGAAGACACUAUCUCCUGGGGGUUUCAGCGAGAUGAAUGUUGACAGUGAAGUCAAGUGCUUGUUCCAAGGUGAACACGAGGUGCUUAGGGAAGAGCUGAAGAAACAUGAGCUCAACUUAAAACGUGAGCAAGACGUCAAGGAUGAGACCAACAAGAAACUUCAGGAGGAGAUUGAAAAUCUUAGGGAAGAAAUGGAGAAACGUGAAGGUGAAUUGGAAAAGAUAAAAGGUGAGCAAGUCCUCAAGGAUGAGACCAACAAGAAACUUCAGGAGGAGAUUGAAAAUCUUAGGGAAGAAAUGGAGAAACGUGAAGGUGAAUUGGAAAAGAUAAAAGGUGAGCAAGUCCUCAAGGAUGAGACCAACAAGAAACUUCAGGAGGAGAUUGAAAAUCUUAGGGAAGAAAUGGAGAAACGUGAAGGUGAAUUGGAAAAGAUAAAAGGUGAGCAAGUCCUCAAGGAUGAGACCAACAAGAAACUUCAGGAGGAGAUUGAAAAUCUUAGGGAAGAAAUGGAGAAACGUGAAGGUGAAUUGGAAAAGAUAAAAGGUGAGCAAGUCCUCAAGGAUGAGACCAACAAGAAACUUCAGGAGGAGAUUGAAAAUCUUAGGGAAGAAAUGGAGAAACGUGAAGGUGAAUUGGAAAAGAUAAAAGGUGAGCAAGUCCUCAAGGAUGAGACCAACAAGAAACUUCAGGAGGAGAUUGAAAAUCUUAGGGAAGAAAUGGAGAAACGUGAAGGUGAAUUGGAAAAGAUAAAAGGUGAGCAAGUCCUCAAGGAUGAGACCAACAAGAAACUUCAGGAGGAGAUUCAAAAUCUUGGGGAAGAAAUGGAGAAACGUGAAGGUGAAUUGGAAAAGAUAAAAGGUGAGCAAGUCCUCAAGGAUGAGACCAUCACGAAACUUAACGAGGAGAUUAAAAAGCUUGGGGAAGAACUGCAGAUGGAGAAACAUGGACUACCAGAAAUCAUGUCUAAUUCAACACUUCAGAGGGUAGUAGAUAGACUACCAGAAUGGUUGAAGAGCAUUAUGGCGCCUAAAGGAGCUGUCACUGGAGCUGAGCUGGGAGCUCUUAUGGGGAGUUUAGUGGCCACCACUGCCUACACGGUUACUAAAGCCAACAGAAACGUAGAGAACAUAGCUCUCAGCGGAUUUGUGACUCUGCUUGGCACCAUUGUUGGAACAAUCUUCAACAACGUUGUCACCCAUGUAUCCACGGCCCAACAUGCAACUUUUCCGCCAAUUGUAGGUAAAGCAGCCACGUCUCUGCCUUGGGUCAUUCUUGGAGGGUUAGUCCCUAUUGUUCUUGGCGCCUUCAUUCCCAAAUGGAGCACAAGGGCGAUUGUCACAGGAGUUGUGACUUGUGUGUUGAAGAUGUUGUUUGGCAUCCUUUGGACGCUCAACUACAAGAUCCCGAAGUGGCAUGGAUUUGCUAUAGUAUGCAUGGGCAUUGUAGGUAUUGCCCUAGCAGCAGGUGCUCCGGAUCUCCUCGGCUUGAUAGCAAAAACAGAGAAGAAGGGAGAUCUCGGCACUUGUUCCUAA